GGUGGGUAGGUGGGGUAAAGUAGUAGGAAGUCACACAUAUGUGAUGUUCAAGUACAGACAUAUUACAAAUCAAAGAGUUCAAGAAUUCUUUAUAUAUCUCACUCAUUCCCAUUUGCAAAUUCAUAUCUAUGAACAACCGUCUUAUACAGUUAAAUUCUCAUAUCACUCCCAAAAUGGCUUCCCAAUCAGACAUUCAUCUCUACACAACCCAAACUCCUAAUGGAAUCAAGAUAUCGAUCACUUUGGAGGAACUGGGUCUUUCCUACGAGGUACACAAGAUUGACAUCUCUAAAAACACCCAAAAAGAGCCAUGGUUUCUUGAGAUAAAUCCCAAUGGACGAAUUCCCGCUUUGACCGAUACAUUCACGGAUGGAAAGAAGAUCAAUCUGUUUGAGAGUGGUAGCAUUCAGCAAUACCUCGUCGAUAGAUAUGAUACCGAGCAUAAGAUCUCAUACCCAAAGGGUACAAGAGAGUACUAUGAAGUCAACAACUGGCUCUUUUUCCUCAAUGCUGGUGUAGGUCCCAUGCAAGGUCAAGCUAACCACUUCUCAAAAUACGCCCCCGAGAGGAUCGAGUAUGGUAUCAAUCGCUAUACAAAUGAGACCAGGCGUUUGUAUUCUGUCCUCAAUACUCAUCUAGAAAAAUCAACCUCUGGUUAUUUGGUUGGUGACAGAUGUACAAUCGCUGAUAUUGCUCAUUGGGGUUGGGUAACUGCUGCCUUUUACAGUGGAGUUGAUAUCGAGGAAUUCCCAGCUCUCAAGGCAUGGGAUGAGAGAAUGGAAAAGAGACCUGGAGUUGAGAAGGGCCGUCAUGUACCAGAUCCACACAACAUCGGAGCCUUAAAGAAAGACCCUGAACGUGAGGCAAAAAUGAAGGCUGCGGCAGAGAAAGGUAGAGAAUGGAUCCAGGCAGGUAUGAAGAGCGAUGCCAAGAAAUAAUUUCUUGACGAGAUCAAGGGUAGCAGGGCUAGAGUUCAAUAAUUGUCCUACAUUUCUGAAUCAAUCACUGAUAAGCGUUUCUUGAAAUGAUAAAAAUUGCUUUUAUUGAUAUGUUCGUUCUUUUGUGCUGUGA